AUGGACGAGGCCGGAACCACCGCGACGUCUGCCCUGAAAGAGAGCGCCUUCUCCAUGAUGAUGAGAGAGGCCAGAGCCAGAAAGUUGCAGGAAGCGGAUGAAGACGUYAAAGUUCCGGCCGAGUUCACCGCCAUGGACAACGUCUUCGGCAUCGCGGAGCUUGCGGAGAAGAUCUUCCUCGAAUGCAGAAUCCAGGAUCUCCUGGUCAGCUACCAACGGGUCAACAAGCAGUGGCACGACAUCAUCACAUCUUCCAAAAGACUUCAGCAAGCAUUGUUCUUCGAAUCUGUCAGCGGCCACUAUGUCGAUAGCUUUGGCGAUCACUUUGCAAACUGGUGGCAGUAUUACGAUGAUGAAGAGAACGAUGGAGACGAGGGGAAGCUUGCUGAGGCACAGCGCCGUAAGGAUGAGGGCAAGCGCGUCCUCGUUUUCAGGAACCCUUUCUUCGAGAAGUUGCACCACAAGACUCGGACAGAGAAGUACAGGGCUCCAUCUGCAUACGUUGCUGCCGCCAACGAGGACUACAACCGGCGGCGCCAGGAUAUGGACAGCCGAAAUGCAAGCUGGCGACGAAUGCUGGUCUCCCAACCACCUAUAAUCAAACGUGAUUUCACACGCUUCGAUUAUCCGGGCCUGAUGCCGAUGACAAAGGAAUCUAGCAGCCCUUUGCUGCUUCAAGAUACACUCAACGACGACGACAGGUGUGCCACCCGACCUGAUAACGUAUUCGAUAAGAUGGUUCCGGUAGUCUUUGCCCAAGACGUCAAGCGGAUCAAUUACGAGAAGGGGGAGUACGACUUUGAGGUGUGUCAGCACGAUAUGGCUUGGGACAUUAAAAACGCCCUAGGAUAUUACUCUUGA